AUGGACAGCGGCAGAGACAAAAGCAACUUUGCGCUCAGGAACAACAACGACAAGAAAAGGCGAGGCAGACCGACGGACACGCAAUGUACAAGACACAUGAAAACACGGAGACGCCAUGAGCUACGAGAGACGACAAGCAAUAGACGAGAUGAGGACGAACAGCCCACGUAUUGCAGCCAAUACGGUCUCACGGUAUACGGAAGCGACGACUACGAAAGCACGGCGGACAAUACAGUUUGGAAGGCAAACGGAGGGCUGUCCCGAAACGGCAGGAACCACAAAAAUGGCACAAGGAAGGCGACCCAGGCAAGAACGUUCGAGCAAGUUACGGACAAAAGGUAG